AUAAAGCACGUACACUUGACAAGUUCCAUCUCUCUCUCUCACACACAAAGAGAAAUGGCAUUACCAUCAGUUGCAGCGGCUUCAGAACAUCAUCCGUUUGAGUUUGAAACUGCCCUCAAAGACUUGGCUAAUUCUUCUAACGUCAAAUCCGUUCCUUCCAAAUUUAACUUCAUCAAUCAGCCCACUGCUUUAACUUCUGAUUCUAUCCCCAUCAUUGAUUUCUCCGCCCUCACUGCCGACGACCCUCAUCCACGCUCCAAAGCCAUACACGACCUCUCUAAAGCAUGCCAGGAAUGGGGCUUUUUCAUUCUGGUGAAUCACGGGAUACCCGAGGAGUUGAUGAAGGCAACUUUUACCGCAAUUACGGAAUUUCUCAGUCUGCCUGCGGCGGAGAAGAAGCAGUAUGAAGCCAAGAGCGCUUCGGAUCCCAUAAAGUGUGGCAAUUUCAACGUUGCCAAUACAUCGAACCAGAUAAUCACCUUGUGGAGGGAUUACCUCAAACUCUACGUGCAUCCUGACUUUCACUGCCCAGAAAAACCACACCUCUUAAGGGAAGUUGUGCUGGAAUACAGCGAAAGGACCCGAAAAUUGGCCAGGAUACUACUGGAAGCAGUGUGUGAUGCCCUGGAAUUGGAACAAGACUAUGUGGACCAAGUUUUGAAACUGGGCUCCAGCUUUCAAAUGUUUGCCGCAAAUUACUAUCCGCCUUGCCCUGAACCCGACCAGGCAAUUGGGCUCCCACCACACACGGAUCCAGGUCUCUUCACCUUUCUCAUUCAUAAUGGAGUGGCUGGCCUACAGAUCGAGCACAAUGGCCACUGGUUUAACGCUGAUUCUCCACAAAACUCUAUUUUAGUUAAUGCUGCUGACCAGCUUCAGAUUUUAAGCAAUGGGAGAUACACAAGUGUGAAACACAGAGCUGUUGUGAAUAGCGAAAAAGAAAGAAUCUCAAUUGUCGUUGCCAAUGGUCCGGCAGGGGAGGCGGUGGUCGGCCCUGCCGCGCCCCUCGUGCAGAAAGACGGACAUCCAUUGUACCGUUCGAUGAAAUAUUUGGAGUACCUUGAGUCACAGCUGCUGAAAGACCGAGUCGGCGGCAAAUCCCUCUUGGAACAGCAGAAGAUAUGAUACCUCAGACUCAGAGGAGAAUCUUUAAUUUUAAAUGACUCGUUAAUUAAUCUUUUUUGUAAAAUUUAUAUAUGGAAUAAAAAUUUAUUUAAUA